GCUGGUUAUGAUUCCGGAUAUCUUUACCAUUGUGAGUUCUCAGAUGAAGAGAGAAUUAAUGAGGAUGAUGUCAUUAAUAAGGAAGAACCAUUCGCUUUCUUGGCCAUUGAAGAUGCAAGUGAAAAUUCAAUCAGACAAAUGAUUUUCAAUUCGGAAAGAAGCCUUCUAUUUUGUGGGAUGGAAAAUGGAGCUAUUCGUAUCUAUCCUCUCUCAUUCAAUGAUUAUGAUCUGAAAUCCAUGCAAAUAUUCUGGAGCCUGAAUGCACAUGACAAUGAGUCUGGGCACAUCAAACGAAUCUGCAUUAGUUAUGAUGAUCAGUUUUUGGUGACGUGCGGAGCUGAUGGCAACAUCUUUGCCUUCAGUAUACUUCCUGAGGAGGACAUUGCUGAGUUGCUGAGAGGAAAACAAGCACAGGUGCCAUCUCCCAGGAGAGAUCUUGCAAUAGAGAAAAUAGCAGAUGACAUUGAUGAUCCAAAUGCCUACAGCCUUGAAAACGCUAAAAAGAAAGCAGAGUUGGAUCUGAUUAUGAAGCUGGCAGAGGAAAAGAAGGCAAAGAAAAGAUUGGAGCUGCGCGACCUGAGAGAUGAGUUUAGAGAACUUCAAAUAAAAAAUGCGGAACUACCUGAGCAUGUCCAGCUCAACAAAGAGGCUUUCGAGCUGGAUCGCCAGAUUCGAGAAGAGAUUGAGAAACAAAUUGCUGAUCGGAUUGAGUUAGUUUAUAAAGAAAUGGCAUGGGAACAGGAAAAGUACCGCAUUGGCCUUCAAAAACUUCAAGCCAG